AUGAUGACGAGUAUGGGACCAUCGUUUGCGGGUCAUCCUGCCGGCAUGCAACAACAUCCAGGCGUACCGGGCCAUCCCAUGGGCCCGGGUAUGCCUCACAACUCGAAUCAACAAGGCCCGCCGGGCGGAGGAAUGCCUCACCAGAUGCACAUGGCCGUAUCAGGGCCUGGUGGCCAGGUCAAUCCAAACCAGUUGAUGGGUGGCAUGCCACCCGGUGCUGGAGGUCCGAACGCUCACGCUCUGCAGCACCUCAACCCGCAAAACCCAAUGUUCCAGCAGAACCAGUUCGGCCAGAAUUUCGGCAACCCGGCCGCGUUGGCACAUGCGCAGAUGGCGCAGCAGAGAUUAUACCAGCAGCAGCAGCAGGCAAGGCAGGCCCUCAUGGCCCAACAGGCAUUCAACGCGAACAUGGGCGUCAAUGGCAUGCAGAUGGGCAUGCCCAUGAACCCCAUGAACGCAGCCCAGCUCGCGGCUAUGAGGCAGGGCAUGCGGCCGCAGGCGCAUAACCCUCAGGCCCAGGCCAUGUUGGCACAGCAGAUCGCUCUUCAGCAGCAGGCUGUCGCGCAACAGAACCAGCAGAUGCAGCAGGGUCAACAGCCCGGUCAGCCCGUCCAGAUGAACCCUCAACACAUGCAGAACCUCCAGCAGGCCCAGAUGGCUGCCUCGUUGCAGGCACAGCAGCAGCAGCAGCAGCAGCAACAACAACAGCAGCAACAACAGCAGCAGCAGCAGCAACAGCAGCAACAACAGCAACAGCAGCAGCAACAACAACAGCAGCAGCAACAGCAACAACAGCAGCAGCAGCAGCAGCAAGGCCAGCAACCCCAAGGACAACCUCAACAGCCGCAACCUCAACCCCAGCAGACCCCCCAUCAGACGCCGCAGCAGCAGCCAGCUCAACCCGUCAACCCGCAAUCUGCUGGCCAGCCCACACCGUCGCAAACACCCGGCCCUCAGCCGAACCAGCAGCCGCAGCCUCCCCAGGCUCAAGCUCAGCCGCAAGGGCCCCCUCAAAUGCCUCCGCAGGCUGGACAACCGCAGGUGAACCCUCAACAGGCUGCUGCUGCCCAGGCGGCCAUGGCCAACAGCAUGGCUCUGGCUCAGCAGCAGGCCGCGGCGAGGAGAGAGGGAAUGAAGGGCCACUGCUUGCUCAAGCUGAUGCAGUUCAGCGAGCAUCUGAGCGGAUACCCCGGACUCAAGGGCAAGGACGACUUGUCUUACUGGACCAAUUUCGUCAACCAAUUCUUCUCGACCAAGGGCGUUUUCCGACACUCGGUCCACAUCACCGACGUCGAAGACCAAGCCGACAAGCAAUACGAGAUCACAUACCCGGCACUACCGAGAUACUUCCACACGCACUUCGACAGCGGUGUGAAGAACAUGCAGUUGAUCAUGGAGAAGGGCACAACGGACCGGCCACUCCCAGGCGAAGGCCACUGGAUCGAGAACACAAAGUCAAGUCUGGUCUACUGGUUCGACAGCGGCUCUCACCUCGUCGCAAACGGUACCGUCAGAGCCCACUUCGAUGCGGAGCAGAAGAUUGAGCUUUUCGAAUUCGUAACGACCAGCCACGAAGAAUACAUCUCGCGGAAGGCCGCCAUCGAGGCGGCAAAGCCAGUACAUAACUGGGUCAAGGAGUGGCACAAGGUCAACUCCCAGGACAGCAAAACGUCCCCGGAGAUGAGCAAGAAGGGCAAGGCCCGUAUGAUGAAGUCCCCGCAAAAUCCCCCGCCAGAGGCGCUGGUGGAUCUGCCGGAGUCGGCUGUCAAGAGGGGCAUGGGCGUGACGGAAGCCGUCUUCCAAUUCCUCGAGAUUGCUGAAGUAUUCGGCCAAAUGAACCCUCUAUUCAACUUCUGCCACAACCACACGAAUCUCGGCCCGUACGCCGCCCUCGAGCAAUAUGUCGGUCAGAUCAAUGCCGCGCCGCAGAACAUGAAUGGUCAGGCCAUGCCAGGCCAAGGUCCGCGGACGCCCAGCUUUGGCCAGUUCCCUAUGGGCGCGAGCCCAGCCCAGCCGCACAUGCAGCUUCCUGGCUCCCCUCACGUCACCGGCAGCCCUGCCCCGGGCCACAUGCAAGCACCCGGCAUGCAAAUGCAGCAGAGCCAGCAGGGAACAAGCUCCAGCGGGCCCAGUGCGAACACCUCUCCAGCCUCCAACAAGCGUAGACGUCCGUCCGGCGUCAAGAUGGAGGAGGACGGCUCUCAGGCUCCUACUCCGGGCGGUCCUCAGGUAAACGGUGUCCAGAACAAGGGCAAGCCUCCCACGCCGCGGAUGCAAAAGAGGCUGAAGGGUAACCCAGCGUAA